AUGUCUUUCCCCGAAACCGUAAUCCCCCAAGGCUCCUGGGUUCUCAUUACCGGCGUCACAGGCCAUGUUGCAGCACACACGGCUAAAAAACUUCUCCAACGUGGCUUCAAAGUCCGCGGCUCCGUUAGAGAUCUGGAGGCCGCCCAAUGGCUCACUCAGGACGUCUUCAAGUCAUUCGCGGACCGCGGUGAUCUCGAGCUCGUCCACGUCCCAGACCUCGGCGCGAAGAACGCCUUCGACGAAGCCAUCACGGGUGUCUCAGCUAUCGUUCACAUCGCCUCAAUCCUCUCAUUCUCAAACAAUCCCAGAGAAGUCAUUCCACCCGUCGUCAAAAGCGUCACCUCCAUCCUCGAUGCCGCGGCUCGCGAGCCAUCAGUCAAGUCAUUCGUCUACACCAGCUCCAUUGCCGCCGCAGUGGAUAUCACCCCGGGCGCAAACGCUCAGCACGCGGGACCGGAUGCCUGGAACGACAAGGCGGUCGAGGUCGCUUGGGCUCCGCCGCCACACCUUGAGAACUAUUGGCACAUGGUCUACCAGGCCAGCAAAGUCGAGGCAGAGAAGGCCGUGUGGGACUUCGUGAAGAAGAACAAACCUCAUUACAACGUCAAUGUUGUCAGCCCUGCGACGGUGUUGGGCGAGGCGCUUCACCAGAAGCAUUUGCUGUCUCCGUACCCGUGGCUCAAGAACCUCUAUUACGGAAAAGCAGAGAUCGGAGCUUUAUUCCAGGCUAUCAUCCAUGUUGACGUCCAAGAUGUUGCGAUCCUCCACGUGGCCGCGGCACUCGAUCCCGAUUGCAAUGGCGCGCGAAUACAGGCGUGGGGUGAGCACUGCAACAUGAAUGAUAUUCUUGCCAUUCUGCGGAAGACUUAUCCGGGCAGGAACAUCAUGGAUGACUUCGACAAUCAGACAAAGCUGGAGGUCACGGCUGACUCUGAACAACCCUUGGCCUUGCUCAAGAAAUGGGGAAGUCAAGAAGGAUGGACAUCACUCGAGAAGAGUGCGAUCAAGGAGAUGCAAGGGGUUCUAAAGUGGUUCCCUGAAAAUUGA